AUGGAAAUCACAUUUCUGACCAUAAUUUCUUCUGUUAGUCAGUUGCUCAGCUUGCAGGAGUUAGUUAUCAUUAAAGAGUUUGUUCAACAAAGCCAGGCGAAAGUUAAUCGUUACGAGAAAAAGCUUUUUAAGCCCAGAGAGGGAGAAGUGAACGCAAAAGGUUUUACAGAACAGAAAACAGUAACAGGGCUGUUUUCCAAGGAUUGCAUCCUCCCUUGUCCUUUCCCACCUGGGCAUGAUGAAGUAAUUUACUGGAAGAAAGGGGACAAAAAUGUGCACAGCUACUACUACAGGAGCGAUCAGCUGGAAAGACAAGAUCCGGAUUACAGACACAGAACACACCUUUUCUAUGAGAGCAUUCCUAGUGGAAACGCCUCCUUGAAACUUAGUAACCUGACCUUGACUGAUGAGGGCUCUUAUAAUUGCUAUGUGGGAACACAGCAAACUACAACAGAAGUGGAAGUCACGCUGCGGGUGAGAGACCCACUGACUAACAUGGAAGGAAGUAGCACUGCAAUUCCUUGUGAAUACAGCAGUAACACUACAAACACUGAUGGUUUCAGCGUUGUCUGGAAAUUAAACAGAAAUGCAGUGAUUACAGUCCUGGCCACCUUCAAUGGUACAUCUCACUCUUACCAGCCUCGAGUCCAGAUUAACCAAACUGACUUUUCCCUGAUGUUGCAUGAUCUUACUGCAAGUGACAGUGGAGAGUAUCUGUGCAAUAUUUCAACACCUCACUACACAAAACUUACUGUGAGAACUUUGCAAGUUGAGAAUUCAGGUGACACUGUGAAAAUUGUGGCAGGAGUGAUUACUGCAGUGGGGGUAGCAGUACUAGGUUUCUGCAUCUGGUUCAAG